AUGUCUAUGCUCCGGACCGCGCUGGUUGCGGCCUUUGCCGCAACAGAGGUCGCUGCCUCCUGCGCAUAUGGCACUCCCCUGAUGCCUCGUGCUGAGGAGGGAGAGGUCCCUGUGAAUACUUUUGGCUACAGUGGUACUAUCGGACCCGCAAGCUGGCACUUGUUGAACACUACCACCAACGGCGCUUGCGCAACAGGGACAAACCAGUCACCCAUCGACAUGACGGCCGGUACCUUCACAGAGGUUGCUGGCUCUGAGCUCGCCGUCGAGAUCCCGGACUUUGCUGAGGGUGCUACCUUUGAGAACCUGGGCACGACCGUCGAGGUCGUCGGCGAGGGCGGCAGCAUGAGACUUGCCAGCAGCAACCAGACCUUUGAGUUCCAGCAGUUCCACUUCCACCUGCCCAGCGAGCAUCUCGACAACGGCACCAGCAUGGCCAUGGAGAUGCACAUGGUCUUCGCCAGCGCGGACGCCCAGAUCGCCGUCAUGGGCGUCUACCUCGACAUCAACACUGCCGCCGCCGCCGCAGUCCCCGCCGCCGCCGCCGUACCUGGUGCUAAGAAGGCCAAGCGUCAAGCCGGUAAGAACACCAAGCACACCCCAAUCCCGGAGCGAGAAGAGGAGUGGCAAGAAAUGUUCCCGAGCGCGCGCGUCAAACUCUCAAGCCCCAGAACCGAAGUCGCAUCCGAGAUGCUCGAGACCGUCCUGUCGUCCGUCGGUGACAUCUCAAACCCUGGCACCGCCACAAAGACACCGGCUUUCGCCAUGUCCGGCCUCGUUGCCAUGCUCGGCGAGACCACCUUCCAGAGCUACUCCGGGUCCCUGACUACUCCCCCGUGCUCCGAAGGCGUCAGCUGGUUUGUCGCAUCUGAGCCGCUCUCGGUGACCCUCGACACGUACAAGGCCGCGCGCAGCGUCAUUGGCCACAACGCCCGCUUCGCUCAGAACGCCCCCGGCUCGGAGAACGUCCUGUCCUUGUCCGCGGCCGGCAUGAGCUCCCUGGGUGGUGCCGGUGCCGCUGCUGAGCCGGCUGCUGCUGAGCCUGCUGCCGCGAAACACUGA